GCUCUCACCGCGACAAGUUUAGAACGUGACAACAGGAUUUGAUCUGUAUAACUGUUGUGGAUUUGCCCAAAAGCGGAACUAUCAGACUGCGGAGAAAUAGUGGAAAGUAACGAAAAUAACGAGAAGGUUUCCCGAAGGCAGUUAUUCUCCUAGUCUGCUCUUAUUUGUGUAUAAAGUUGUAAACCAUGCAUUGUUUGAAAAUAUUACGGGUGACCAACGCAGCAGCUGUUCAAACCUUUGUGACAGACGCCACUAAAAAAGUUAUCAAAAAGUGUUUUGAUAACUGUUUAUUACCGGGUUGUCAUCGUACCGUUAAAAUUCACUGUUUCAACACAAGUUCAACAGAUCAGCACCGUAUUGGAACAACCUCCGAUAUGGACCACGUGCUUCCCAAACUGAGCAGUGAUGUAAAGGGUCUGUUCUCAGGAGUUGAAGAUAUGCUUUUCUACACCAUCACAGAGGGUCAGGAACAAGUCCCUGUCUCACACUUUAUCUCUGCCCUGAAGAAAACUGGUCUUAAUGCGUCAGACCCCCGACUGAAGGACUGUAUGGACAAACUGCAACGCUCCGUUACGGAAUCCUUUCAUGACGUCAUGAUGGACCGGGAACUCUUUCACAAGUGUGUUGGUGGGAACAUAGUGCUUCUGAUUCAGGCCUUCAGAAAGAAGUUCAUCAUCCCUGAGUUUGAUGCCUUUGUAACAAAGAUAGAUCAAAUCUACGACACCGUCCAGAAAAACCAUGACGGACAUGUAGCAGUCUACAUUCCCCACCUGGCCAAGUUCAGUCCUGAUCUCUGGGGUGUGUCUCUGUGUACUGUAGAUGGACAGAGACACUCAGUAGGAGAAAGCAAGCAGCCCUUCUGUCUCCAGUCGUGUGUGAAGCCUCUGGAGUAUGCUGUGGCCAUCCACGAGGCUGGGACAGAGAAGGUACACCGCUAUGUGGGGAUGGAGCCCAGCGGACUCAAGUUCAACAAGCUCUACCUGGAUGAGGAAGACAAACCCCACAACCCCAUGGUGAAUGCUGGAGCCAUUGUCAUCAGCUCUCUUAUCAAGCCUGGCUCAAACAAGGCAGAGAAGUUUGACUAUGUGAUGGAUUUUAUCAAGAAGAUGGCUGGUCAAGAGUAUGUGGGGUUCAGCAAUGCCACGUUCCAGUCUGAAAAAGAAACAGGCGACAGAAAUUUUGCAAUUGGAUAUUACCUCAAAGAGAAGAAGUGUUUUCCUCGUGGGGCAGAAAUGAUUGAUGCACUGGACUUCUACUUCCAGCUGUGUUCCAUAGAGGUGACCUGUGAGUCUGGGAGUGUCAUGGCCGCCACGCUAGCCCAUGGGGGCAUCUGCCCAAUCACAGGCGAGCGGGUACUGAGUGCCGAGGCCGUUCGGAAUACUCUGAGCCUCAUGCACUCCUGCGGCAUGUACGACUUCUCUGGGCAGAUGGCCUUCCAUGUGGGCUUGCCUGCAAAGUCUGGGGUGUCUGGAGCGGUUCUGUUGGUUGUCCCUAACGUCAUGGGAGUGAUGUGUUGGUCACCUCCUUUAGACAAGGUUGGAAACAGUGUCCGAGGAAUACACUUCUGCCAGGAGCUGGUGUCUUCGUUUAACUUCCACAACUAUGACAACCUGAGACACUUUGUCAAGAAGCAGGACCCUCGAAGGCAGGAUGGGGAUGAUAGGAACAAGUCUGUGGUGAACUUGAUGUUUGCGGCCUACAGUGGAGAUGUGUCAGCCCUCAGAAGGUUUGCUCUGUCCUCGAUGGACAUGGAGCUGAAAGACUAUGACUCUAGGACAGCUCUACACGUGGCUGCAGCAGAGGGUCAUGUAGAAGUGGUACGGUUCCUAACAGACACCUGCAAAGUGAACCCCUUUGUGAAAGAUAGGUGGAGCAGCAUUCCCCUGGACGAUGCCCUGCAGUUUGGCCACGGUGCCGUGGUGAAGGUCUUACAGGAGUACCAGGUGGCUUGCCAGGAACAGGACAGACUACCAGUGGCUGAUAUCAUACCCAUCCCCCCCAAACUAGAGACUGUAGAAGGCAUGGUGUGAUCAGGGGGGCCGUUGGUAUUAAGCUCUACAAUUAGGAGUGCUGAUCUACCAUCAGUUUGGCGUAACGAAACAGAUAAUUAUAGACAUUGAGGACCUGAUCCUAGAUCACCACUCCUACUUGAUAAAUCAUUAGGCCCCAAACAGAAGAAAAACGUACUGAAACAUG